AUGAGUUCAGAUUCAGGGAGUCUCGUUGCGGCGGGGCCGCCUGAAGAUGAGGAAGACGACUACAUGAACAUGGUUUUUGACGAUGCGCCAGCCAGGCCAGAAACAUCCCUCCAGCGACGCGAGCGCCUCAGAAAAGAAGGCGAGCGCCGCGGGCAGGUCAAGUCCAAGGCGGAGCUCGCGAAAGAGGAGGUCGAGACGCGUGAGGCCGCUUUGGCUAAGUCCAUGCUGGAGGACCCCGGUGUCGCGAAGAAGAGUAAGGGUUUCGCCAUGAUGGCCAAAAUGGGCUUUAAGGGCGGCACUCUAGGCAGCAAGGACAACUCAGAAGCAAAAGCAGAGCCAAUAAGAAUCUCCAUGAAGGAAGACAGGGGAGGCAUCGGUCUGGACACGGACCGAAAACGGAAGAUUCAGGAGGCAACGGAGAACCAGGUCAAGAAGGCCAAAGCCGACGAAGGCGAGUAUCGCGAUCGGGUCAGGAGGGAACGAGAGCAGGCGCGCAAAGAGAGUCAAUUUCACGCCGCUCAGAAGGUCGCAGAGAGGAUGGAGGAAGAGAAGGGCCCCAUUGUCACAGACAAUGAAGAAGACGAUAUUGAAACCAAAGACAGAAGUGGGAAGAUAUCCUCGAGGCCGCUCAAGUCCAUCAAUGUCUUUUUUCGGGGUUUAGUGAGGGCACGCGAGGAGGCUGAACGAGAUCGACGGAUGAGACAUGACCUAGAGCAGAGCCUAUCUCGACUGCCAACAUAUGUGGACGACCUGGAGGAUGAGGACGACAAGACAGCAAUGGGAAAGACGAAGACAGUAUAUGCUGCUGCCGAUGAUCUAGAUGAGGAGGACUUAGAGCUGCACGAAUUCAAUAAGCUUGAGAUUGACGAGAAGCUCCAGCGGAUAGUGGGCUUUUUACGAAAGGAGUAUCACUACUGCUUCUGGUGUAAGUACAGGUAUCCAGACGAGAACAUGGAAGGCUGCCCUGGUAUCACGGAGGAGGAUCACGAUUAG